AUGAAGGGCGCUGCGCUUUUGUCCGCCGCUGGUCUCGUGGGCUCGGCCCUGGCUGGCGGCCUGCACCAUCGCCACGGCCACCUUGAACUGCACCGCCGUCUCCCACCGUCGUGCGUGGUCAAGACCAUCGUCAUCACUGGCCCUCCCACACUUAUCCCAAUUCCUGCCGCCACCACCACUUCGAAAAAAACUGUCAAGCAGACUAGCUACACCACCGUCACCGUCGCUGUCACUCCCGCCCCCUCCGAGCCGGCACCCACCCCCUCCGAAACCGUCUUUCCUACUCCAGGAACCUACACCAUUCCCGCGCAGACAGUCGUCCUCAACAAGACUGUAACGGUCUGCGCGCCAAAAACGACCCCUGUGCCUGGUGUUUCUCAAUCCUAUGGAGGUGUGACUAGUGUUGUCCAGAGCUCCACUGCGGUCGUUUGCCCUUCAUCUGCGACUCCCGUCGUCUGCGUUCCCGGCACCUACGUCCGGCCGGCAGCCACCGUGACCGUGACCGAGACAAAGUUCGUGUAUGUGUGCCCAUCGCCAACUCUCGUUGUCCCGUCUCCGACCCCUAAGCCUGAGGGCCCGAAGCCUGCCCCUCCAAAGCCGGAAGAACCCAAGCCAGAGCCUCCAAAGCCUGAAACACCCAAACCAGAGCCCCCAAAGCCAGAAACGCCCAAGCCAGAACCCCCUAAGCCCCAGGAACCUAAGCCAGAACCUCCCAUGCCUGAGACUCCCAAGCCUGAGCCACCCAAGCCAGAAACACCCAAACCCGAACCCCCUAAGCCUCAGGAACCCAAACCCGAACCUCCUAAGCCCCAGGAACCUAAACCCGAACCUCCUAAGCCCCAGGAACCUAAACCCGAUGGCCCCAAGCCUGGACUUGGAGGUGGCGAGAAAUGGGGUAUGACCUACUCUCCGUUCACCGACAACAGUCUAUGCAAAGAUGUCAAUCAGAUGAAGUCCGACAUUGCCACCAUCAAGCAAAAGGGUUUCAAAGUCGUUCGCGUCUACGCACCUGAUUGUAACGCGCUUCAAACCAUCGGCGAUGCGUGCAAGGCAAAUGGCCUCAGAAUGAUCAUUGGUGUUUUCAUUUCCAACACUGGCAUCCAGGGUGCGCAGAAACAGGUGACCGACAUCGUCAGCUGGGGUCAGUUCAAUAUCGUCGACCUCAUCGUCGUUGGAAACGAAGCUAUCUUCCAGAAGCACGCCGAUGCUGGUUCUCUUGCAUCGUUCAUCGCCUCGUGCAAGGCUACUUUCCAGAAGGCUGGUUACACUGGCCCUGUCACCACCACGGAACCCCUUAACAUCUGGCAGUCCAGUGCUUCUCAGCUCUGUGGCGUCAUCGAUGUUCUCGGUGCCAACAUCCAUCCGUUCUUCAACGCUGGAGUCGCUCCAUCGGAAGCCGGCAAGUUUGUCAAAGGCCAGAUGGACAUUCUUCAAGGUCUUUGCAACAAGAAAGUCAUCAACCUCGAGACUGGCUGGCCCAACGGGGGCGGCAACAACGGUCUCGCCGUUUCUGGCGGCGCUGAACAAAAAGCCGCCAUUAAGUCUAUUGUCAAGGCUGUCGGAAGUGACUCUGUCUUCUUUUCGUUCCGUGAUGACAAGUGGAAGCAACCUGGCCCAUUCGGUGUCGAACAAAACUGGGGCUGCAUUAAUGUCUUCUAA